AUGCCUCCUAUCAGGUUGGUGGCUAGCUUGUGCUUGGUAGGCAUGGUGUCAUGCUUCCACCCUCUCCCCUCCUUCACGGGUAUGCCGCGCAAGGGUGUGGCUGCAGUAAGCAGCAGGAGCGGCUCCAUGAGAGCAGCUCAGUUGGAGAGGAGGAGGAGCAUCGCGAUGGCGGUGACGACGGAGAAGGAGGAGAAGCCUUCGGUUGAAGACUUGUCGAAGCUGAGCCUGGGAGCGGCGCAGAUGCUUUACGAGCUCGAGGAGAUGAGGACCAAGGAUAUCUUGAAGGCGUACAAUGAGGGCAAGAUCGGAAAGAGGGAGGCCAGCACGCUGACGCUGAAGAGGGUGGGGACGAAGCUCGGGCUGGGGAAGGCGAAGGAGGAGGAGGAGGGGAAGCAGGGAGCGUUCAUGGAGGGAGGAUGGGUCAAGAGGGGGAGAGGGUCCUCCAUCACGAGGACGAUCGAGCUCUACUCCUUUGGUAUCAAGAUCAUUCUCCGCGAGCUCAAGCUGCGAAAGGUGGAGGAUAAGGCGGAGAAGUCGGCUGCCCGCAAGCUGAUCGCCAAGGACCUGCGGGCUGGUCUGCUCGAGCUGGGGCCCACCUUCAUCAAGCUCGGCCAGCUGCUGUCCACCAGGAUCGACAUCCUGACCAAGGAGUACAUCGACGAGCUCAAGCUCCUGCAGGACAACGUGCCUGGCUUCUCCGGAGACAAGGCGGUGGAGGUGAUCGAGCGCGAGCUCAAGAAGCCGAUCUCCGAGGUCUUCUCCUCCUUCGACAAGCAGCCCAUCGCCGCUGCCUCCCUCGGACAGGUUCACAAGGCUGUGCUCAAGUCCAACGGGAAGGAGGUUGCGGUCAAGGUACAGCGGACGGGGCUGGAUGAUCUCUUCAAGAAUGAUCUCCAGAACUUGAAGUUUGCAGCCAAGGUCUUUGACAAGCUUGACCCCAAGAGUGACGGAGCAGAUCGUGACUGGGUGUCAAUCUACGAGGAGUCAGCAAAGCUCCUUUACCAAGAGAUCGAUUAUCAGAACGAAGCCAAGAAUGCGAUUCGCUUCCGCAAGCAGUUCGAGGGCAUCGAGUGGAUUAAAGUCCCAGAGGUCUUCAGGCAAGGGGCUGAACUCCCAGUACGACCUGACCAAGUUCCCUACCUUCGUAAGCUGUCAGAGCUCAAGUACGGCAGCGAGACGAAGGCGCUGGCAGUCGGCUGGGCAGAGAAGACAGGGCUGAACAACAAGGACAUCUUCAGCGUCGUGAAGGCUCCCAAGAACAUGCAGUACGUCACUGAGACUCUCGAGCGCAUGGAGCGAGGAGAGCUCAAGGUUCGCGUGCGAGCGCUGGAGGCGGAGCAGCGGCUGCAGCGCCUGGAGCUCAUGUCCUCCAACAGCAACGCUGCUGUCCUUGCCGGCCUCCUCCUCAACACAGGCCUCGUCCUCUCAGCCAUCAGCGGCGGCAACCCAACCCUCCUCUCCCGUGGGCUCGUGUGGGCAGGUGUCGCCAUGUCGGUAAAGUGGGCGUCAGGAAUCAUCAAGCUCAAGCAGCUGGACAAGAAGCUGGAGUCUUACAAAGUGAAGAAGUAAAAAUCCCCCUGUUCCUCC